AUGAAGAGCUGGUUGGAGAGUGGUAUGAGUAUGGAGGAUGGCGCGCUGUCGUGCAUGCUUGCCGAGCCGCGCGAAGCACUGCUCCCUAUCACGAGCAGAGAGAACUUAGCGCCUAGAAAACGGGAAAGAGCACUAGAGCCAUGCGCGUUGUCUGAAGACGCAUACCUCUCCAGUGGGACAGGUUCCCCCUGCGCUGGUCUCUCCCGUGAAGAGCGGAGACGUCGGCGCAGAGCUACACUAAAGUAUCGAACAGCGCAUGCCACCAGGGAAAGAAUACGUGUGGAAGCGUUCAACGCGGCAUUCGGAUCACUCCGACGUCUCCUACCAACUCUACCUCCGGAUAAGAAGCUAUCGAAAAUUGAAAUUUUAAGACUUGCGAUAUGUUACAUAGCUUAUCUAAACCACGUUUUAGACGCGUGA